AUGGAGAGGUUACAUUCUCGCGACAUUCGGUCACCGGCAGCCCGGGCAGCGAUGGACACAACCAUGGCCACUGGCUCCGUCCCCAGCUCCGACAGCCUCCUGAGGCGGGGCAUCAGUAUAGCCCGUUCGGUCCUGGUUGCUCGAAAGGACUGUGUAGACAACGAUCAGGUCAACACCUGCGAGAAGCCCUCCAUAUCCACAGACUCCAAGAUCGGGAUCGGGGCAGCAAUUGGAGCCGUCUUCCUCAUGGCCGUCAUCGGCAUCCUGUUCAUGCUUCACCUGCGGGCCCAGCGCAACGCAAAAGCUGAAUUCGCAAACGACGACCACGACGCAUCCGACUACGGCCUCGACGUCAUGCCUAGCAAGCAAGGAGCCAAGAGCGGCAACCUGAAUUCGUCACACGCACAAGCCAAUCGCUUGGCUACACAGCAACUCGUAGAGGCAGAUAACCCGUUUGGUGCAGGCGCGGAGCGAACCGACAUAAACAAGUUGCAGGGCAAAGGAAGCCCGCCCAAGUAUCCCGACGCCGUGAAGAUGUAG